CGAUCGAUCGAUUGAUGGCAGCGGUGCUCUUUUACCACGUCGUUGGAGACCUGACGGUAGGGAAGCCGGAGCUAGUGGAGUUUCCUGAGACCGCGAGCGUAGCAGAGGCCAUUGUCACCAUCCGAGAUUGCACAGAAUGCGGGAUAGCGGUUUGGAAGCAACGCCCGCCGGAAAAAGGCAGCAGCUCUGAAUCGGCAGAGUUAAGGCAGGAAAGAUUCGUCGGCAUUUUGAAUGCCAUGGAUAUCGUAGCGCAUCUUUCGACAGAGGGGGGUUUGACGGACCCUGACGCCGCUUUGAAGGUCCCUGUCUCGCAGAUUGUCCUUCCCAAUAAUCAUCUUCUCAAACUGGUCGCCCCUGGAACCAGAUUGGCAGAUGCGCUGGAGAUGAUGAAGCAGGGGGUUCGGCGCCUCCUCGUCCGGCGUACCGUAGGCUGGAAGGGGAUGAGCAAGCGAUUCUCCGUUCUGUACAACGGCAAAUGGCUGAAUCCAUCAAUGGAGGGCGAAGAGAGCGCAGAGGAGAAAUGGUGUUGCCUAUCAAGGGAAGACGUGAUAAGAUUUCUCAUCGGCUGCCUGGGAGCCCUGGCACCGCUUCCCCUGACAUCAAUCCAGUCUCUGGGAGCAAUAACCCCACACCCCUUCGCCCUCGACAGCAGGGCGCCCGCCAGAGAGGCGAUCGAAGUCCUCGGCAACGAUCCCCUGGCCAUUGCAGUGGUCGAGCAAAACGACGAUCAAGGAGGUGUUCGCAUUAUUGGGGACAUCUCAGCAUUCAAGCUAUGGAAGACGGACCAUCUGUCCGCUGCCUGGGCCCUGGCAAACCUAACUGCAGGGGAAUUCGUGAUGGGAGUGGAGGACAUUGUACCCCUGAGUGCCUGUAGGAGCGGGGACACCCUAAUCAAACUGUCCAACGAGCAAUCAUACAAUAAAUUGAACACAUCCUCAUCUUUGAAACCAGCAAGCGGCGGAUCGAACCUCCGUACCACCGAUGGGGGCCGCUGGAAACCCAAUCCUUUGUCGACUGUGAAGGAAGAAGAUGGCGGGUCCGGCUCCAUUAAGCCCAAGGCACCCGCCAGGAAGUUUUCGACCAGAUCUCUGGAUUUCGUGAACUUGUAUUUCGACUAUGGGGGUGGGGCGGUGGAAAGGAGCUCAAGCCCCAGGCCUUACAGAGGACGAAGUGCGCCGCUCACUUGCAGGCCCUCGAAUUCCAUGGCGGCGGUGAUGGCCCAGAUGCUGGCUCACCGCGCCACUCACGUUUGGGUAACAGAAAAGACACAGGACGGCGAAUACGAGAAUCUGGUAGGAACGGUUACCUAUGCCGAUAUUCUCACAGCUGUCACUAGCCCCCCUACUCUUCCCCUCCAUUCAAACUGAGUCCUGUUUACAUCUGUCUGUCACUAGGUCCCCUACUCUUCCACUCCAUUCAAACUGACUUCUGUUUACAAGAUGAUCUGAUUUCUCUGGUUCUGAUUUAUCUGGUGUCAUAUCAGUCACCAUUUUUAAAUUAAUAUGGUUUUAGUUUUGACUGGACGUAUUGCAUAGUGCAAUUCUCCAGUUUGUCGUGGAGGAGAAAUUAGUAGUAAAAGCUAAAAAUCAACGUAUUGUAGGCUUUCA